GUGAAAUUUUUUUGUCCCUACUUCACACCAACCCUUUCUGCUUCCUUUUCCCAAGAGAUCCCAGUGCUGCCAUUGACACCUUAACCUCGAAGUCAAGGCCAACGCUGCCUUCUCCUUUGACCCUAACCUCCGUAACCUCUCUUGUAUCUUCUUCUCCCUUUCAACCCUAAUCGAUAAAUUCCACAACCACUACGGCUAGAUCCCACGAUCCCUCCUCCAUUGUUGUUCGUGAUCUCGUUGGCAACGCAUCAUUGGCGGCUUGGGGCUCUGUACCCUAAGGAGCACAAGCAGCAACUGCUAUCACGAGAGUAAUAAAUGAAGCACAUCGUAAAGAUUUUGGCAUUGGUAGUAGCCAUUACAGUGUUAUGGAUUGGCCUUUUACAAACUUCUGUGAUUCCAUAUAACCAUACUUGGCUGCUACCUAUAUAUUUUGUUGUGUCUUUAGGAUGUUACGGUCUAUUAAUGGUUGGAGUUGGUCUGAUGAAUUUCCCAAUCUGUCCUCAAGAAGCUCUGUUGUUGCAGAAGGACAUUGUUGAGGCCAAGGAAUAUUUGAAACAGAAAGGAGUUGUUCUUACUCUAAAUUGAUUUGGUUUCAAAUUUAACGAGAUGUUCUGAAUUAGCUGCUGAGAAUUACCCGAUUGGUUGUUCUGAAAGAUUUUUUGCAUUUAACCUUCAUACACUAAAUACUGACGUGGAAACUAUUUUGGCCUGUGUACACAAACUCUUCAUUACAAUCAAUAGAUUGUUCUGUUUGUGUUCUUUUAUUUUUAA